AAGGCGCAGCUUGCACAGAGCCAGGGGCCUUUUCUCCGCGCUGGAGAUUGCGGCGAGGUGGGGGAGAGGCCCAGGGCACAUGAUGCGCCCCUCGCCGCCGGCGGCCCAGCACAUGACCCAGGCGGGCCGGCGGGUUCUCCGCAGACCCGAGCUGCGUCCAGAGCACAGCCCAUGGCCUCACCGCGCCUGGGCACUUUCUGCUGCCCCACGCGGGACGCCGCCACCCAGCUCGUGCUGAGCUUCCAGCCGAGGGCGUUCCACGCGCUGUGCCUGGGCAGCGGUGCGCUUCGCCUGGCGCUUGGCCUCCUGCAGCUGCUGCCCCGGCGCCGGCCCGAGGGCCCCGGAAUCCCCUCCUCGACCUCGCGGGCCUCGGCCAGCCUCCCGGCCUCGGCCCGCAUCCUGCGCGCCGCCGCCGCCUGUGACUUGCUUGGCUGCCUGGGUAUCAUAGUCCGGUCUGUGGUGUGGUUAGGAUUCCCAAAUUUCGUUGAAAACAUCUCAGACGUGAAUGUGACAGACAUUGGACCUGCUGCCUUCUGCGUGGGGGGUGCAAUGUGGAUCCAGCUGUUGUACAGCGCCUGCUUCUGGUGGUGGUUCUGUUAUGCGGUGGACACCUACCUGGUCGUCCGGAGAUCGGCGGGACUGAGCACCAUCCUGCUCUACCACACUAUGGCGUGGGGCCUGGCCACCCUGCUCUGCGUGGAGGGAGGGCUCAUGCUCUACUACCCGUCCGUGUCCAGGUGUGCGAGGGGUGUGGAGCAUGCCAUCCCCCACUAUAUCACCACGUACCUGCCGCUGCUGCUUGUCCUGCUGGUCAACCCCAUCCUGUUCCGAAAGACAGUGACUGCAGUGGCCUCUUUACUAAAAGGAAGGCAAGGUGUUUACACAGACAGUGAGAGGCGGAUGGCAGCCAUGGUCAAGAUCCGGUUUUUCAAAAUAAUGCUGGUUUUCGUUAUUUGUUGGUUACCGAACAUCAUCAAUGAAAGCCUUUUAUUCUAUCUGGAAAUGCAACCAGAUAUCAAUGGAAGCUCUUUGAAACCUGUCAGAAAUGCAGCCAAGACUACGUGGUGUAUUAUGGGCAUCCUAAACCCAGCCCAAGGAUUUCUGCUGUCUCUGGCGCUCUAUGGCUGGACAGGAUGCAGCCUGGAUUCUUGGUCUGCCAGGAAGGACAUCCAUUGGGAGUCGAGGACCUCAGCCACUGAGCAGGCCUCCCCAUCCGCAGAAGGCUCCUGUGUGCCCUGGGAGGGCCCCGCGUCCGGGAAGGUGGCAGGUGCUGGCAGACACACCUCCGAUGAGGCCCUGAGCAUGCUGUCCGAAGGUUCUGAGGCCAGCACAAUUGAAAUCUAUACUGCAAGUAGACCCUGCAAUGAAAAUGAGGGAGCUUUUCCAAAAACCCAGGGAGACUUAUGAGAGAUCAUGAUGGGUGCAGAACCUAUAUUCUUCGAGAUGACAUUUCUUAUUCUUUGGAAUUGUGUUCCUACCUUCACUGCACUGCCAGGAUAUAGCAUCCUCAGAUCUUCCUCUCAUCACCAUAGUACAGCUUCCUCCUGAGGAUCCUCUCUGUAGUAGGGGAAAUGAUCCUGGAGCAUACCUGUGGGGGUGCAAGAAUUCCUUCUAGAGAAAACACUCAUCAGGUCUCUAGACUCUCAGUUGCCCUUAGUUUCUCUGAGGCUGGCUGCAGUGUCCAUGCCAGACCCAAGUUCGUGCAGAAGUCAAUACAAUAAAGUAGUUGUA